GAUUUCGGAAUUCGUAUCUGAUGAUUAGUGCAGGCCAGCGAGUGGUGUAUUGAACAGGAUAUAUAUACUCUGGUCGAAUCGAAUCCAGGGAUCUUCCCUUCCCGUUUAGUCAUACCGCACUGCAUGAAUGAGGGCUACGUGCUAGUGAUAGAUAAUAGCAAUUAGGUGUAUAUAGAGAGUGUCUGUCUGUGCCCUUAUUUUUUGGACUUCGAGCUUUUAAAAAUCCUCAUUUCAACUUUGACUGUAUAAAGCAACGAAACUGAAAGGAUGAUAAAUAGACUGGUGUGCCGAGCCGUGCGACCAAUUAAUUCACCCCAAGUUUGCUGUGUCUAUAUUGGCAAUGCUACUUUAGUCAACAAUUGCAAUACACCAACGGGGUUUGCUUUCAGUUCAGUUGGUUCACUUUUAAGCUCCUAUACUGUCCAGAUACCGGAAUUCGACAGUAAAGCACAAUUAUUGUAAGACAAUACGGACUAGCAAUCCUACCGAGGAAAUACUCCAUUAUCAGACGAGGAAAUACAUGCAGAAUAUGAAAAUGGGCCGUUAGCAUAUUAUGAUUCGACGUCAUUGUUUAGACUCCUAUAAAUGAUUAACGGAUUGAAGAUCAUGGAAGAGUGACACUGUACUGGGUCGAUUGCCAGCUUCCUUCAUGUGCCUUCAGUAUCCAUAGACGACGAGAAAUGCCGUACACCCGAAGAGCGGAAAUGAGAGAUGAACUAAACUUUACUUUACUACCAGCGACUUACUGCGCAAUCGGCUUCGCUAUAUACUUCUGACUUUGAAAGCGUUUCCCAAGGAACAAACAUUGGACCAAUCCUAUUCGACCGGCAUUCGUGCUUUUACUGACCAUGCUGGCAGAACCACAAUGGGAGGGAAAAGACGAGCUUGCAAACUCUCUAUCCGUAAGUUAGGGAGUCUGUUCGGGGUUUGUUGUGUCCUAUAUUUCAUUAUAUCUUUCGGAUUUCUUAGCCCUGAGCAAAAUGCCUCCGAAACCGAUAAAAGGUGCUUUGACGAACAAUCUGUCGUACGGCAUCAAGCUCUUGGUGAGGAUAAGAAGAACGAUGUAAGCUGUCAAGAUGCGGUUUGUGGACGAGUUCCAAGCCCAGAACUGCAAUCCAACUUCAAAUCAGGUACUUGGAACUCUUUAUACAACUCACCCGGAUACCAUAAACGCUACGAUGUCAACUGUUCUGGUAUUAUUCAUAAUAAUCAGACAAUCAUACGUCAGGCAUACGAGGCAAUCCGACGGGAAGAAGUGAAGGUCCCUUGUGACGAAGAGGUGGUGAAUUGGACCAAAGAUUGUCCGUUAUACAGACGACAUCGCCGAUAUCCGCUCAGAGCGCUAUCGGUUGAAGAAUCGGAGUACCCUCUUGCGUAUAUUAUCGCUGGGCACAAGGAAGCGGCCCAAAUUGAACGUCUCCUCCGAGUUAUUUACCAGCCACAGAAUUUCUACUGUAUCCAUAUCGAUACCAAAUCUCGAUCGGCUCUUCACCAAGCAAUUCGUAAUCUUGCCGCCUGUUUCGAUAAUGUAUUCGUCGCUUCCAAACUUGAGAAUGUACAGUACGCCGGAUUUAGCCGAGUGCAGGCCGAUAUCAACUGCAUGAGAGACCUCGUGAAGCACGAAUGGAAAUACGUGAUCAAUCUUUGUGGACAGGACUUCCCGCUCAAAACCAAUCUCGAAAUUGUCAGACAGAUGAAAGCAUACAAUGGUCUCAACGAUAUACCGGGUAUUUUCCCAGAGCAGACUCAAUGGUUUAUUGGUAGGACUAAAUUCAAACAUGAGGUUAUCCGAGGUGAAGUCAUUCGAACUAAUAUCGAAAAACCCGAUCCACCUCACAAUGCCAAAAUGUACUUUGGGAAUGCCUACUAUGCUGCUACAAAAGAGUAUGUUGUACAUCUCCUUACAGAUAAAAAAGCAAAUGACAUAAUAGUUUAUCUAAAGGAUUCUCUCAGCCCGGAUGAACAUCUGUGGGUUACAUUAAACCGGUAUCCGGGGGUACCAGGUGGGUAUCCGAACUCAACCUGGGCAUCAAAUGUUCGAUUCAUCCGAUGGACAAAUUCUGAUUACUAUGCACCGUGCGUCGGCAAGUACGUUCGAGCUGUUUGCGUGAUCGGAGCCGGCUAUCUGCCUUAUUUGUCAAGCCAACCGCAUAUAUUUGUCAAUAAACUCUAUUACAGUUAUGAUCCAAUCACAUUGCAAUGUUUAGAAGAAUUCUUAGACUACAGGACGGUUUUUCCGGAAUCACUGUCUGAAUAUGUUCAGGAUUAUCCAAGCAAAAAUAUGUUUCCUUAAUUGCAAUAAUUGUCGCAAGUACUAUAAAUCGAAAAAGCUAUUUUUUUUGCCAUUCAUUUUUUUAUGAUUUUCCAUAACCAUGAUAAUUACAUCUAAAUCUCCUUGAGUACGUCAUAGCAAUAUGUGAGGACAUUUCCUUUAAGGGAAUUAAAGGGUAUUUAAAAAUACUGGAGAACAAAUUAAGGCCUUACGCAAGCGAGGGAUGGAAGCGACCAAGCUUAUCAGUUUUUACUUAUUUAUAUUGAAUACAUUCUUCGCAAGGAUUUAAACGACAAAAAUAAAUGUUCGAAAAAAGGGUUAAUUUGUUGCAUACGUAUUACCAUGAUACAAAUCGCUGCAAAUCUCGUAAUCGGUCAUUCCAUUUUGAAUCGCUUUGCAUUUUCUUCAGAAUUUCAAUUUCAAUAGUUAACAAUUUCAUUUGUCAAUCAGUACUGGAAGACUUUAUUUUGUUGACCUGGCUUAUCUUUGUCUUACUCACUAGAGAUAUUAGCCAACAUGCACGUCAUUUGAGAAAAUUUUGAAGUACCACAAAUCUUGUUAGAGAUUUUACCAUUGUGAUUCCAUGACGUGAUAUUCCUUGGAUGGUGUAUAAUUAUUAGGAUUAACAGGGCUUUUCCAUAUUUUCUUAAAGACUAUAAAGAAGAUUAUUUUUCAAUACAAACUAGUGUGGCAUGUUAAGGAUUAAUUAAGAUUUUUUUUACCUUACUAUGCUUACUGUGUUGAUAUUCCUACAUCAAUAUGAGAGUAUAAUGCCUCGAUUUUACACCUAAUUUACUGGAUUUAUUUUGGGACAUUCGACAUCAGUAAAAUAUUUUUAUUAGCACUUGACUCCAUAUUUGAAGUCAAUUACAACAUGAAAAUAUGACACAUUUUGGUGAUCUUUGAACAUGAAUUGAAUGAUACUAGGUGUCACUUUGGGAUCAAACUCCGAACAAAAUAUAAAGAUACGCCACAGUAUAAUACGCUGUUUAAAAUUUUAUACACUGCUAUUUACCAUAACCUUACGGUAGUUUUUUAACAGUUUAAAUUAAGCAUGGUUGUUUAAUAGUUUAAACAACCAUGCUUAAUUUAUUGAGAAUUGAAUAUUAAUAAUCAAAGUUUGAUGUUAAAUACUGGUUUCAACUGUUUAAAAAAAUUACUGUAUGAAUCAUAAUGUAAACACUAAACAGCGUUUUUCGCGGUCCUACGUAGAUAGGCAGAUUGGGCCACUGACAGACACCUGAAAGAAAAAAUAAUGAUAUGCAAUAACAAAAAUAGAUACAUUAGAUAACACUAACAGAAUAAACAGUACUUUCAUGCUAUUUCAAUGUGGCUUUUCAGAGCUGGAUUUUUUGUUUUGUGUCGGGGGCGGUCACUUUGAACCGCCCCCAGAUUCCCAAUCUUCGACGUGAAAUGUCCGACCGACGCAAAAUUGUGCUCUAUAAGACACAUUUUUUUAUAAUGAUAUUUUUCUGUUUUUGCUGAUGAAAUUGUUGAAUAUACACGUAUAUAUUUAUUCUAUAUUAUUUCCCUCAAAGGAAGCAUUGUGGAAAGAACUUUCAGCAUUGCAUGAUUUAAUUUUUAUUGAAAAUUGUUAAAUCUUUAUUUAUAUAAUGAUUUACCAAUUUAUUAUGUAUUCUAGUACUUGUUUUUAUGACUGAAUGUGUUCUAGACUUUCACUUUGAUCAGUUUCGAAUAAGAAAGUAUCAUUCAAAUUGCGUAGGAUAUGAAAUUUACGGUGUAUUGUGAAAUUUUUAUGAAAUCAGUAUUUUCAAUUCGUUAUGUUUCAACAGCCGUGAAUAAAAUAGUUAUUUUGUUGUGAAUAUCUGAUGUUUUAAGUAAGCUGCAAUUGACCAAUUCAGUUCUAACUUGUAUUUUGCAAAAAGGCCACUUUAAAUUGAGAAUGAAGGUAUAAUUUUGAUGAUUAUUCGAGUAGUUAUUAUAAUAUUACAAUUUAAAUGAAUUAUUCCUUUAACAAUCAGUAGCAUUGUUGAAAUAAUCGUUGCCUAUAAAAUUAUUCAAUCUUUAUCGCAAAUGAUUCAUAUUUAGUGUCAAACCCAAAUGCGUUUUACUGUUCAGGUAAAUGGAUUCUGAAAAAUCCCUCAUUUUUAAUUUCUAAUGACUUUACAGGGAUUUUAAUGAUAUUGGAUAACGAUCAUUUGAUAUUUUUAUUUCAGUAUAAAACACAUUUUCAAUCAAAGUUAUUUAUAUGACAUAAUUUAAGUGAAUUCAUUUGAAAUGAUCGGUGUUAUUCUAGAUGGAUAUGGAUUUAAAAACAAUUUGACAUUCAUUAUGUAAAAAUUAUUCUAACCCGAUAGUAACUUGCACGAUUCAAAUGGAUUAAUUUGAUUUUUUUUUUAGUUGAAGUGGUAUCGAAAAGAUUAUUAUUGUAUCAGAUAGCGAUAAUGUGAUCCUUGCACUUGAAUAAAUGUGAGACAGGAUUUCCAAAUUACCUUUUCCACUCCACUUAGAGUGUGUCACAGGUCCAUGGUAGUAUAAACGAUUGAUCAUAGAUUUCCAGCAAGGUAAAAAAAAAAGUAUAGCACCAGUUCGUGCAGCGGUAAAUAUGUUAAAUUCAAGCUAGUAAAGAAGAUUUUUCAAUUCAAAUAAAACCUACCUGCAUAAUUAGAAUUGAACAAAUCUGUGUUAUAAAUAAUCUUUCAUGAUGAUUUUACAAACAUACUUUGGAAUUGUACUACAACUGAAAUGACACAAAAUUCAUGUUCCGAAUCGUGUGAGACAGAACAUUUUGUUUGAAACAGUCGGUAUUUUGCUUGUAGGCUCAAUUUGUAUUAAUGUUUUAAAGCUUGUAUUAUUCCAGAUGCAAUUUUCGUGCUUGAUAUUUUUAUCAAAUUAGACUGUUAAAUAAUGACAGUCAAAAUGUUUGAAUUUGUACUGAAAUUGAAUUAUUAAAAUUGGAUUGACGUAACAACA